GGUCCACGAGCUCUGCUUGAAAAGAAUCGGCCUGGCUACAACUACGCUCACAAGCUCCCUUGCUUGCCUGCCUUGCACAACACACACACACACCUGCACACAGAGGACCCCCGGGGGGAACGGAAAGAGAGCUUCCGAAGAUGUCGGAUCAAUCGCCCUUCGAUGUGGACGUUUGGACCCUCACGCGGUUCGUCAUGGAGACGGGCCGGCAGGUCAAGGGGGCGACGGGCGAGCUCACCCAGCUGAUCAACUCCAUCCUGACAGCCAUCAAGGCCAUCUCCUCGGCUGUCAGGAAGGCAGGCCUCGCUCACCUGCAGGGUAUUGCUGGCACAGUGAAUGUCACAGGAGACCAGGUGAAGAAGCUGGACGUACUGUCCAAUGAUCUGGUCAUCAACAUGCUGCAAGCAUCCUACGGCACCUGUGUGCUGGUCUCGGAGGAAAACAAGGACGCUGUUAUCACACCAGCUGAAAAGAGGGGUAAAUAUGUUGUCUGUUUUGACCCACUGGAUGGUUCCUCUAACAUUGACUGCUUGGCAUCGAUAGGUACCAUUUUUGCCAUCUACAAAAGAAUUGAAGAGACCUCGGAGGGUGAGCCGACUGAGCAAGACGCCCUGCAACCCGGCAACCAGAUAGUGUGCGCCGGUUAUGCGCUUUACGGCAGCGCCACACUGGUUGCGCUUAGCACCGGGGCUGGAGUCAACUUCUUCAUGCUGGAUCCGGCCAUAGGGGAAUUCAUUCUCACUGAGAGAAAUGUGAAGAUUAAGAAGAAGGGGAAGAUAUACAGCAUCAACGAAGGCUACGCCAAGUACUUUGAUCCUUCAGUGAACGAGUACCUAAAGCACAAGAAGUACCCCGAGGAUGGCAGUGCCCCAUAUGGAGCGAGAUAUGUGGGAUCAAUGGUGUCCGACAUUCACCGCACUAUUGCUUAUGGAGGAAUCUUCAUGUACCCAGCCAAUGAGAAGAGUCCGAAAGGGAAGCUGAGACUGCUGUAUGAGUGUAACCCCAUCGCGUUCAUCAUCGAGCAGUCGGGUGGCAUGGCCACCACAGGAACCCAGAGGGUCCUGGACAUCAAGCCAGAGUCCAUCCACCAACGCGUGCCCUUCGUCGUGGGCUCCCCGGACGACGUGCAGGAGUACCUGUCCUUCGUCAAGAAGCAUCAGAAAUAGUCACGUGCUGGGUGUCACUUUUCUCAGAUCUGAUUUAGUCUGAGAUCACUUACCCUUAAAUAUGUUAUAAAAUCCCUAGUGUUGAUCAGCUACACUACCCCGAUCAAGAAGUACAGCAAAUCAUGAAGCAUUGUUGUUGAAGUCACAGCAAAGCAAAACAAAGUAUAUUGAUUGUCCUUUUCUAUGAAAAGCUCAAUAAAAAAGGUUAACUUCA